UCUGGUAGCCUGACAUGAGCCUAGCUACCUUCCACGACCCAACGCGCGAAGAGAUCCAACUACUGGCUUCAACGGUGACUGAUGAUCCAACCACUUCCCUCUAUGAUACCAUCCACAACUCCCUCGUCCUGAGCCACGUUAUUCCCUACCUGUCCAUCUCGAGCAUCUUGAGCCUAGCUGCGACGAACCGAGCUUUCCGGGAGCUCCUCUUUAGCACGCCGGGAGUGUUUCGCCAUCUUGAUCUCACCCACAUCAAGGCUCUCAAGUUUGAGAUUGACAAGAUCGACCAUGGAGGCGAGAUCUGGCGUAAUGUUCAAUUAGAUGAAAACGUUACUGAAGAUGACUUUUACUCUGGUCCGCUGAGGGGCAUCUUGUCCAACCUCAAGCGACGGCACAUUCUGGAAAAUGUCCAGACUCUGGUUCUUGACGGACUCUCCGUGACUGCGGAGCUGUGCCAUGAUAUCAUCAAUGAUGCGGCCUUCAAUGUCCGCGUCUUAUCGAUCCGGGACGUCAAGAACUUGAACCAGGCCAAGCUUCGCCAGGCACUACAGUAUGCCUGCCGCGAAACUCGGCCAGUUGGUUCUCCCAAGCUCAAGGCUCUCUACGUCUUUGGUUCCCGGGACGUCUUGGCUGCUGCGAAGCCGUCCGGCCCAUCCGCAUCGUCUAUUAGCACGGAGUGGAACAAGAAGAGUCAAACUGCUCUGGCAUCUUCUUUGAAGCAGGAGGGAGAUGCCUGGUGGCACAAGAAGGGCCGCAUCAUCCCUCGACCUAUCAGCCAAGAGUGGGCUCACUGCAUGCUCGCUUGUCGAGGCAUCAUCUCCUUUGAUGCUGUGCUUUGCCAAGGCCUGCGCCAUCGCAACUCGCCAGUCUUCAAGGGCGGAUCCGAUGCUGACAGCGCUCCCGCCGUGGCUACAUAUGCUCUGUCGGGCUGUGAGAAUUGCCACAAAGCCCCCGAAGGCUUCACUUAUCCGAACGGCAUCAGUCCGGAUGCCAACUUACCGCUGCUGGCUCCGCUGCCUCAUCUCUCUUCGUCCCUUCGGGCUGCAACCGCACCCAAAGACGCAGACGCCUCAUUUGUGCCCAGAUGCAUGGACUGCAUCCGCGAGCGGUACUGCACAGGUUGCAAUAAAUGGUGGUGUGAAUCAUGCUACGAGUUUUCUGGCCAAAGUUCAAGCGGCCAUUAUGCAACACAAAUCGCCAUCGUUGACGAUGAUACGGUCAAUGACUUUGGCGAUUUGGAUCUCGAAGCUCCGACUAUGAAAGUCAAGCCACGAGUUUCUAAAAGCUGCUGGGAAUGCGGCAACAAUUGUGACGAUUGCAUUUAUCGUACUCAGCGAGUGUGCAGGAAAUGCAACGCUGGCUAUUGCACCACACACAAUGAAGGAUGUUCAACGAACCACUGCGAUUGGUGUGUGUCUCGAGGUCGAGGCCUAGGCCGUCUCUGAUCUACAAAGAAUCUCUUCUUCUAUCUUUUCCAACGAAUCAGUGGAACCUCUCCUCCCUUUGACAUUUUGGGCUGAAGACUCCCAACUCAUGACGGCGUAUGGAGUAUGAUGAGCGAAUCUCCUUUCAACUUUGUUUCCAUCCACACUCAACCUAGCUUUGUAACCUCCAGUGAUAGGCGCAAUGCGUAUUAGAGGAAUGCCGAAAUGCCGAAGCAUGCCGAAAAGUGCGAGGCACGACACGAGGCGUGUCGAAUCAUUUUUCUCGGGUCAAGUGCGAUAGACGUGUUUGAUACUCCGCAUAAGAUAGUGUGAUGGGCGAUCAGCCAGAUGAGAUCUAACUGGAUGGCGUUUUGGGUACACUUAGCCUAUGCUCUGAAAUCAAAUCAAAUGACUGAUUGUUGCCUCUCCGCAAGCCCCUCUUCCUGUCGCAGUAACUCGAUGCUAUAUGUUUGCGGCAGUGCAACGGCAUGUACGACAUUACGCGCGUCUCGGCGUAAUCUGGGCGUCUUCCUCGGCGUGUAGCAGUUUAACGUUCCCCGAGACAGUGAGGCCUCGACUGCUUGGCGAAAUCUCCUUGCAUUUGGUCUCAACUGAAAGCUUACCACGGCGUAUAAACAUCUUUCUAAUAUUGAAUGCCAAGAUGUGGGAAAUCCGUGAUCGUCGUGAUUAUGUCUUGCUAUAUGUAACAGCCAAGAAUACCAACUCACU